GCUGAGCUGUGUGUGAGGGAGUGCGGAGAGCUGUGCGUUGCCUCCUGCAGUGAGGGAUGUGUGGCAGAGGCAUGUGGGAGGAGAGAUGAGUCUGGGUUUCCACACGGAGCUCAUGAGCUGGCCAGAGGAUAUCCUGAGAUUUAGGGGGCCAGUUAACCUCUCUCUCUCUUUCUCUCUCUCUCUCUCUCUUUGUCUCUCUCUCUCCCUCUCUCUCAUUCUCUCUCUCUCUGUCGGACUUUGUUUAUACUGUGGGCACCUCAGAGAUCUCCACAGACAGACACUGGCCCCUUUGCUGCUUCUCCUCAGCUGAAUGAAGCACUGAAAGGAAAGUCCAGUACCAGGGGCUAAGCAGGAUGAGCUCUGUGGGGGCGAUGCCUCCCACGCCACCCGAGCGCUCCCCGUCCCGAGACUCGCAGGACUCCAUGGAGGACUACUGGAGCGAGGUCAAGAACAUCCAAGAGGACUGCCAGGGCAGCGGAGAGGAGGCCUUGGAGAGGGGCAGCAUCGACGAGGCAGAGCUGGAGGAGGCGUGGCUUCACGAAGCCGGCCUAUCAACGCUUGUGUCCGGCGCGCUCGGGGAGGGUCCCGCCGAGGCCCUGCUGUCCACCCUGACGCGCUCGCAGACGGCCAUGGUGAAGAAGCGGCUGGACAACUACACGCAGACCAUGCGCAAGAGGAACAAGCAGCCCAUGCGGCACGUGCGAGACGUGUUCAACACGCCAGACAGCUCGCCAGUUGACCCGCUACCCCCACCUCUCUCCCCCAGUGGACAGAUCGCUCCCAAACUGCCCCAUCGGACACCUACUAGGGCAGUGCCCUCAUCCCCGGUGUUCCAGUCAGCUGAAGAGACCUGUGUGUCCGAGUUUGACCCAGAGGAGUACAUCUUGUCAUUUGAUGUGCCCUACUCAGACGCCGGGACUGGACAUCGCAAAGGCAAAGGUUGCCAAGACUGCCAGAGGAUCAGAAAAGAUGACAAAGACCUGCCAAUGUUUCAGAUUGUCAAGCCCAAACUGGGCCUCACAAGGGUGUACGACUUGUCGUCGGAGGACAUGAAGAAGAUUGGCUACUUUGCCCUAAUCGAGCUGACCACCUUCUACGAUGGCCUGGGCAUCGAGCUGAGGCGGAACCGCGUGGUGCGCAGCAAGACGCGAGAAAGCGGCAUAUUUGGGGUUCCCCUGACGACCCUCCUGGAAAACGACCAGAAAAAACUCCCCGGGUCCCGGGUUCCUCUGGUGUUUAGAAAGCUGCUGUCUAAGCUGGAGCAGACAGGCCUGCAAACGGAGGGGAUUCUCCGAGUGCCAGGAUCGGCUUCUAGAGUGAAGCAACUGCGUCAGGAGCUGGAGUCCAAGUUUUACGCCGAUGGCUUUGACUGGGAGCAGGUGCGGCACAACGACGCGGCAGGGCUGCUCAAGAUGUUCAUCAGAGAGCUCCCCCAGCCUCUGCUCACGCUGCAACAUCUGCCCGCCUUCUCCGCCGCCCAGAAUAUCUCCUCUCCCAAGCACCAGAUCCAGGCCCUUCAUCUCCUCAUUAUGCUGCUUCCUGAAGCCAACAGAGACACGCUCAAGGCUCUGCUGGAGUUCCUGAGGAAGGUGGUGGCCAAUGAGGAGAAGAACCGCAUGAGCAUGUGGAACGUGGCCAUGAUCGUGGCGCCCAACAUGUUCACAGUGCGGGGGAAGAAGGCGCAGGAGGAGGAGAUGGUCGGGGCGGCCGGGGCCGCACACAUGGUGCGGCUGCUCAUCACCCACCAGGACCUGCUGUGGACUGUCCCCUGCUUUCUGAUCUGGCACGUGAGGAAGAUGAGCGAGGCGUCAGCGCACAAGAAGACCCCCAGCUCUGACAAGAGCAAGAGGAGGCUGCUGAGGAGGAGGCACACCGAGAGGGAGAAGGAGAGGAGCGAGCUCACUGACCUCCGGGACGGAGUCAUCAGGGUCCAUGCUCCCCAGCACGCCAAGGUCUCCAUGGCGAUACAACUGGACAGCAAGACAAAGGCGCGGGAUGUCAUGGCGCGCUUUGACUAUGAGAAUGGGCGGGGGACCCUUAGCACUAAUCGGAAACAGAAACAGUUUCUGUUUGAGGUCGGAGGAAACAUAGGGGAGCGUUGCCUGGAUCCCGAGACCCCUCUGCUGAAUGUGUACAGAGCCAACCCACAAUGCGAAUGGGUCUUAAAGCAACGGACAACCUGAGCCCAGAACUACCAUCUGCACAAGCGUGCACAAACCAUCAACAACAAGUGUUACUUAUGGAGCCACCUACUGGUCAGCCUCUGAAAUGAACUCGGAUAUGUGGACAGAGGAGGAUUGUUGGUCUGGAUCUGCUAACCGCGUCCAGACUGAACUCUGUCUAAAAAAAAUAAAACGAACAACAGCAGAGGUGUGGACUUGACCUGGCACUGGUGACCCACACCACCUGAAGGAUUUCGCUUCUUUUGUUUUCGUUCCAAGCUUUUUAGUGUUGGAGGAGGGAAUUUCCAGCUUAUCUUCGCCAGACAAUAAGAGGGAAAAAAAGACCAAUCUGGUUUGGGCACUGUGGCAUUUUUCGACACGUGGCGUAUCAGAAUCUGACCGACAGAAAAAAACAAAACUACAAUGCUGGCCAUUGGGAUUCUUUUGUUUCAGUGCCAACACGGGCCGCAAGGUGCAAUAGCCCACUCCACUAUUUCUUUUACCAAGCAGAGGCCUUGGCAACCAACCAUGUUUACCACUCUUUCACUCCAGAGACCCAGAGAAGUGUUUGAAGAGAAACAAGAAAAAAAAAAACAAAUGUACAUAUGAUAUUUAUACCACUAAUUUAUCCAACUUUUUUUUUUAUCAUCAUUUAUGUACCAUGUUAAACCACCACUUUUGUACUGUUUUUAUGAACUGCAUGUGUGUAACUGAAGUCAUUAGAACCUAUCACUCUAGUAUAUUAUGUAUGUGCUGUACGUACAGUAUGUCUGACUGUUUGAAUUUAUAGAAAUGUUUACCUCUGCUGAAAAAAAAUGAAGGAAGCUUAUCAUGGCUGAAGACGGACUUUGGAAUGGCGAAUGAACACUAACACACAUUUAACCUACCUGUGGCUGUGACCACAUAGCAACACUACACACACACACACACACACUCUGACGCAUUCAUGUGGAUGCACUGAGGAAGACACUGACGACCUUCUAACUGUCACAGCCCUAAAUAACACUAAGAAUACGGUCUUCUCAUUCAAGAGACUUACAAUAGGAACUUCCAAUGUGAUGCAUAUUGGACAUCUUUCCAGCAUGUAUAUAUAUAUCAUCAGACUGAUGUCCCUGAACUUUACAGUAUACCGUGCGGGCCAUGUGGUUCAUGUUCUCACGAUGACCUGCUAACAUGGUCCCUUACCUGCCAACCAACUAAAACUCUUUAGCGUUGAGUAGUAUGGCUCUUUGACCCUUAUACCUGCAGCAGCUGCAUUGACCUGUAAAAGAUUGCCUACAUCGCUUGCAAUGUUCAGGAAUAGUAUUGCUGUUAUUUUAAAAAAAAUUCUCUCAAACAUCAGUGUAGCAAAAAACAAAACCUUUUGUAAUGUAAAGGAUGUUGUAUAUAAUGAACGCGAAAGUGUGCUCCAUACAGCUGAGGACUUAGUAUUAUUAUGUUUUAUAUCAUCAUAUAUGCCACUGCCAACAAUACUUCUGUUUGCCUUGAAUCAACGGCUGCUCUGGUCUCAUGGAAUCAUACAGUAUAUCAUGAACUACAACAUUAAAUGAAUACAUUGAGAGACAAGAAACGUG